AUGGUGACUUGUGCUGUCAUUAUCGACUUUUGGUCUGUUGUUAACUAUGCGGCAUGGGUUCGCGUCCUUGAUGCUUUGCUCAUCAUCAGAAAUUUACUAUUGGUCAAUCUUAACGGCAAGUUGGAGGUUGUGUUUGCAAUUUCAAAGGUUGCUCUGGUUGUUGGCGUGAAAAUCUGGAAUGUCUUCAUCACCUCUGGCGCAGGCCCACAGGGCUAUCCCGUGGGAUUUCGGUUUUGGCGAGACCCUGGGCCCUUUGCGCAGUUCCUUGGGAUCGAUGGCUCAUGGGGACGGCUCCUAGGAUUUUGGCGUGUUUUAAACAGUGCAGCCUAUGCAUUUUCAAAUGUUGAGAAUAUCUCGGUUGCAGCAGCUGAGAUGCAAAACCCUCGCCAUAACAUCCCCAAGGCUGCCAAACGUGUGUUUUGGAGAAUCCUGACAUUUAAUCUGAUCACCAUUUUCAGGAUGGGCCUUGUAGUUCCCUCCAACGAUACUGAGCUGCUGUCAAACUCCGGGGAUAUAAGAGCGUCUCCAUUUGCGAUUGCUGACACCAAUGUCGGGAUCACAGUGGUAUCUUUGAUAAUAAAUGCCGUCGUUGUCACAAGUGCAUGGGGCGCUGGUAACUCUGCAAUGCUCGUUGGAACCAGACGCCAUAUGGUCUCGCUCAAGAGGGGCAUGCUCCAAAGCUAUUCAUUCGCAUCAAUCGCUUCGAAGUUCCCUGGACAUCAGUUGCUGUAG